CUAUAAAAGGCUUAAAUUUAUUGUCUUAUAUUUGCAUUUGUCUGCAGUUUAACUUUAAAUGUAUAAUCAUGAGGGCGGUAAUAGUUUUGUGUCUCUUUAGUGUGAUCUUUGCGAAAGAAGAAGAAAUUGGACUAUGGACUAAUUCAAAUAAAAUUAACAGCCGUUUAUCCUAUGAUGUAUAUCACACAACGGAAGAGAUUGACAACUAUUUGAAAGAAAUAGCUGAAACUUACCCAAAUGUCGCGAAACUGGAAACUCCCUCAAACUCAUUCAACGGUCGUCCGAUUAAUUUACUCAAAGUAUCCACAACAAAUUUUGAAGACAAAUCAAAACCUAUAAUUUUGAUUGACGGAGGUAUGCAUGGAAGGGAAUGGCUGACUAUACCUCCAGUAACAUACGCAAUUCACAAACUCGUCGAAAAUGUUACGGAGCCUGAUUUGCUUGAUAAGUUUGACUGGAUCUUUUUGCCAAUUGCAAAUCCUGACAGUUAUAACUUUUCUAUUGUUUCGGGGUCAAAUCUGAUCACACCUGAAGAAGAAACAGUUUCCCAGAAUCCCCCUUCACUAUUCCCUAUAAGAGACGAGGUUCCUAUCAGACUCUGAUGAUUCUAAUGUAAUUUUUCAUCUGCAACGUGUUCAGCCAUUACGCACAGGCAGCGAUGAAGACGUCUUGAUUAUACAACCUUAGCUGGUUAAAUAACAUUUUUCAAUCACUGCGACAGCGAAGAUGAUGAACUUCUCAUCAACGAUCUAGCGGACUUACUACAAGCAUACGUUUUUAACACGCUAGAGUAUAGUUUCGUCAUCUAUUGUUCUUAUGAUCUCUUAUUUUAUUCAUUAAUUAAGAGCUGAGGUUACUUUGAACUACUUACGCUAGUAAUAAUUAAUUAAGAGUCCACCGAAAAGAAAUCUCUUCUGUGGACAUAAAAUAAUAUAUUUUUUUUAAACAAGAGGGUUUAUUUUUUAAGUCGUUUUAAUGUGAAGAAUAAUACAACCAGAUUGAUUGAUUCUAAUACAUACAU